AUGGAGGGAGUAUUUUGAGAAGCUGAGGAAUGAGGAAAAUUAGAGAGAGAGAAGGUUGGAUGUUGUGAAGAUGAAGCAGGAAAUGCAUAAGACUGGUAAGGAGGAAGUGAGAGCAGCUAUUAAGAGUGGAAAGUUGGUUGGAGGGGAUGACCAUGUAGAAGCAUGGAGAUGUUUAGGAGAGACGGCAGUGGAGUUUUUAACAAGAUUAUUUAACAAGAUUUUGGAUGUGAGAGGAGUCCGAGGAAUGGAGAAGGAGUGUGCUGGUACAGUUUAUUUAAGAAUAAGGAAGACGAUUUGGAGACACGAUGAGGGAGACGUGAUUGAGAUGGUUUGGACAUGUGAAGAGGAAGGACAUGGGGUAUAUAGAAAGAGGAAUGCUGAGGAUGGAGCUGCCAGACAAGGCCAAGAAGGAAGUUUUUGGAUGUGGUGAGGGAAGACAUGCACAAAGAAGAAGAUGUUUUAAUUACGCUUGAAUGAUGUCUGAGCAGGAUCUGGUGGAGAUUGUCCAGAUUGCUGUGGCUGACUUAAACCAUGAGGAAAAUGAUGCAGGUGUUCUGGAGAACCAUGAGGAUGCUGAUAAGCCUGACCGAAAGCGAGCAAGGAUGGAAAACAGUAACCAGGAUAUUAAAGCAAUGUUAAUGUCUAUCAGCCAGGCUAUUUGCCAGAGGUUAGACAACAUGGAGGCAAAGCUGCAGGUGCUGGAGGCAACAUGUAGGGCCUUGGAGGAGAAGUUUGACACUAUGAUGGGGAAAAGCCCAGGUGCAAUUCAGGUGCCAAUGGUGGCCGGAUCACCUUUUGGUGCUACACAGACCUGUGACAAAGUUCGCUGUGUUGUGCCCCAGACCAACGUGGUAAUGAGCAGCGAACGAAAACCAGGCCAAGAGGAGCCACUUGCUCGUACCACAGACUCACUGGAGAAUCUUCUUAGCAAUGAAUCAGUAACACCUGAAUAUUUGGCUGACAGUACGGUGGGCAGAGGGAAACAAAAAACAAUCGUCUUAAAGGUGCCAGGGCCAGACGAGAGUCAGGAGGACCAAGACAGUGGAUCAGAGGCCAGCGACUCUGUGUCCAAUAGUGGCCAGUCUUCAUCGCAGAACCCCAACAACGUCACACUCAUCACCCUGAACUCAGAAGAGGACUACCCUGCAGGAACAUGGCUCGGGGAUGAAAAUAACCCGGAGAUGCGUGUGCGCUGUCCUGUCUCUCAAGGCGACAUGCUGCACAUCAGCAGUAACUGUCGCACACCAGAGAAGAUGGCGCUCACGCUGCUGGACUACCUGUUCCACCGCGAGGUGCAGGCCGUCUCUAACCUGUCUGGCCAGGGCAAGCAUGGCAAGAAGCAGCUGGACCCACUUAUGAUCUAUGGCGUCCGCUGUCAUCUUUUCCACAAAUUUGGCAUCACCGAAUCAGACUGGUACCGUAUCAAACAGAGCAUUGACUCCAAGUGUCGCACAGCAUGGAGACGGAAACAGCGCGGCCAGAGCCUGGCGGUUAAGAGCUUCUCCCGCAGAGUACCGGCUGCCCGCACUGGCUCAGAGGGGGUCUCGGUAACAGAAACGGCAUCUUUGGAGAGCUCCACACAGGCCCUCCAGUACGCACUGGCUGGUGCAGGCCAACAGGUCCAGAUCCACCGCAUAGGAGAAGACGGACAAGUACAAGUAAUUCCACAGGGACACCUCCAUAUAGCUCAGGUGCCACAGGGUGAGCAGGUGCAGAUCACACAGGACAGUGAGGGCAACCUUCAGAUCCACCAGGUGCACGUUGGGCAGGAUGGACAGGUUUUAAGAGGAACUCAGCUCAUUGCAGUGGCUUCUGCUGAUGGGACGGGGGCAGUGGAGGCGUCUCCUUUGCAGGCUAACGACAUCCAAGUUCAGUACGUCCAGCUGGGUCCUGUGACUGACCAUUCAGGAACUGUGCAAACUGAGGGACUAGGCACUGCUCUGGCGGAGAUGGAGGUGAAGGAGGCCAUACAGAUCCAGCAAGGUGCGAAUGGUGAAGUGGUUCAGAUUCAGAUGCCUGUUAACACAGUGGGCACCUGAGACACCAGCUCAUGUGCUCUCUCUCUCUCAAACCCAAGACUUCUCCAAGUACACGGAUGCGUCAUUGCGAUUCUGCAGCAGUAGCACCUGAGCUACAGAGAGAGAGAGAGAGAAAGAGAGAGAGAGAGAAAGAGAGAAAGAGUGAUAUGUGUGGGUGCGUAAACUCACUAUUUGAGUAACCAUGGGUUAAGCCCAGCAGGAGAGACUUAGUUAAAACAAAUCAUAUUCCCUUUGGGUCAACCAGUCUAUUGGCAAUCUCCUGACAAACACAGACUGUGAAAGCAGCCAGUCAGCUUAUUAACACAAAAGCAAUGUUGGCUUCAGUGAGGCUUGUCAAAGCUGCAUGUGAUACAGGCUGUGGCCCAGCUGAGUACAGAAGAAAGGAAGAUACCCCCCACCCUCCUCCCGCAUCUGUGCUCCAUCAGUGCAGCAUCUUCAUCACUGUGCAAGAUGAGUUUAUUUAACUACAACUUGUCUGACUGUAAAGUUUUCAAGAUCAUCUAAUCUCCAAGUUACAAAAAAGAUUUUACCAUGUAAAAAAAAAAAAAAAAAAAAAGUUGUUGUUUGCAAAUGAUCAAGGCUUUGCUUUGCAUUCUGCCUCCUGGUUCAGGUUUCUGGAGCAUCUUCUGCAUAACUGACACUGUAUUGCUUUGUUAAAAUAUAAGUUAUUAUUAUCUUUUUUUAUUUGUGUGCUGCCAUUGUUUGGCUUUCAGUUGGGUUGCACAAUGAUUAGCCCAUUAAAGUUGCUUGUAGGUUGUUGCUAACUUAUGGCAACAAAUGUAUUAAGCAGAAAUAUUUAUGAUGUUUUUUCUUAUCUGAUGUUUGAUUUAUACUGUUGAUAAAAAUCUUGUAUUUGUAUUUGGCAGUGACAGUAAUUAAGCCCAUGCACAUACAAUGUGUCACAGAAGUAUUUGCUACCCCCAAACUUUCCCACAUUUUGUACUGGACAACAUGGAACUGAAAUUGACUUAACUGUGAUAUUAAUUUUAGUUCUGGUGCAAGCAGUUUCUACCAUUACACAAAAUUAUUUGUUUGGAGUCCAACUGUGUACAUUUGACACAUGAUUUGAUCUUAUAAAUAAACUUGGAAUGUAUCCAGGAGACCUCAAACUUCAGUCCAGAACAGAGUUGUAGAAAUGGAUUGAUCAAUGCUUGGUUAUUAAUUCAUGGACAGAAUAUGGUACAACAGUAAUCAGGUAAGCACACUGUUAGUCAGAGAAGCAAGCACUAAAAGGCCUAGGGUAAGGUCAAUUUAAAGUUUUCACCACCACGCUUUAAUGUGUUAAUUGUUUUCUCAGCUAUAUAGGGCUUCCACUUUUUGUUCCAAGGUCAAACUGUUCAACUGUGGUGUCAUUAGAACAAAUAAUCACGUUUCCUGAAUCUCCAUUAAGUUUGGAAUUGCACUGUAGAAAAUACACUGUUUUGUAUUAUGUGUAUGACUUGUUCAAAGGGAAUAAUGUCAUGUAAUAGUACUGCUUAUGUUUUUAUGUUAACAGUAGCUGCCAGACAGAAUUCAAUAGAGAACAGAAACAUAAAAAGAUUUCUUUUUAUACAUUUUUGUUUCCCAUGAUUCUGUUAUGGGUUGAGUUAUAAAAGCUUUCUGCUCUAUAUGAAGCAAGAUCUGGGUUUAGUGCCAGUACUGUCAUUAAUAUUAAAAGACAUGAUUUGGAAUUGAUGA